CUCUUCGGUAAAUUGAUAUCUCCCCGACCCCGAGCAAUGGAGCUCGGGGAUCACAGCUGUAGGAACGUGACAGAGGCAGACGUGAAGCUAGAGGAAGGAGAGGUGACGCAGGACGGAGGGAGUGCACUGGUGGCGGUGGACGCCAUGCCGGAGCCGCCGCAGAUGGACAUCAGGAUGGACGUCGCGCUGCUCCACUGCCAGACAUGCCUCCUCCCCCUCAGACCUCCUGUCUUCAAGUGCGAGGCCGCUGGGCACAUCGUGUGCUUCUGCUGCCGCGCCGGCCACGGCGGCAUCUGCAGCCGCGCCGUCACCCACUGCGCCGAGCUGGACGCCGUCGUCGCCGCCGCCAAGGUGCCCUGCCCCUACAGGGCGUUCGGCUGCGACCGGUACGUCGUCUACCACGCCGUCGCGGACCACCAGCGCGGCGAGUGCCAGUGCGCGCCGUGCUCCUGCCCCGACUCCGGCUGCCACUUCGUCGGCUCGCGCGGCAUGCUCCUGGACCAUUUCGCCGCCGCCCACUCGCGCCUCGCCGUCACGGUCCGCUACGGCCGGUCCUGGAACCUCAGCUUCGCCCUGUCCCAGCGCUGGCACGUCCUCGUCGGGGAGGAGGACAGGAGCGUCUUCCUCGUGUCCCUGGGCUCGCUCGGCGCGGCCACCGCCGUGUCGCUGGUGUGCGUCAGGGCCGACGCCGCCCCAGCGCCCCAGUUCUGGUGCAAGCUCUCUGUGGAGCUUCCGGGCGACGACAAGGACAAGCUCGUCCUCAUGACCUCCACCGUGGGCAGCAGCGCGCUCACCGGCGGCAUGCCAGCGCCGGGCCAGGGGAUGUUCUUGGCCGUGCCCCAGGAGCUGCUCUCCGGCGACGUGCUCCCGCUCAGCGUCCGCAUUGAUCAGCUCCGACCUGCCGCCGCCGCCAACAAGUCUGCAACACCGCGAGCGAGGACACCGGGGAGGAUGCAGUGA